GGGAUGUGAUCAGCCUUGGAGACCGACAGCUCACCGUCAUGCACAUGCCUGGUCACUCCAGAGGCAGCAUCUGCUUGCACGACAAAGACCAGAAGAUUUUGUUCAGCGGGGAUGUGGUGUACGACGGAUCCAUGAUUGACUGGCUUCCCUACAGCAGAAUAAGUGACUACGUCGUGAGCUGCCAGCGCCUCAUGGAGUUAGUGGACAGAGGCCUCGUGGAGAAGGUACUGCCUGGGCACUUCAACAUCUUUGGGGCAGAAAGGCUGUAUCGGUUAGCUUCCAACUACAUUGCACACGCUGGAGUUUGCCACAAGAUUUCUACCUGUGCCAUGAGAUCCCUUGCAAGCAUAGCACUUCACAUUACAAAUUCGAGAUCUGCUUCUUAG